GACAAGCUAUGCAACAAUCACUAUCUCCGAGGGCCUUGCGCUAAGAGGGAUAUUUGCCCGUUUGCUCACGACUAUAAGAUCAGCGACGAGGAAAUGAAGGCAGUUGCUAUUCUGGCCCGCCAGAACCCAUGCUCGUCUGGCCAGUUUUGCGAACUCGAUGAUUGCAUAUACGGUCACCAUUGUCCCAGCAUCCGAGAUGGGGUCUGCCAGCACCCGUAUUGCAAAUUUUCAGAAGAAGCUCAUCCUCCCGGGACAAAGUUCAAAAACACCUUUAUUACUGCCAACUAGAAGUUCGGAAGUACAGAACCAAUGGCAUACGACCCAAUAUUUACGAUACGAGAAUAAUGAGAGAGAGUUCGACACCUUGCUUGGGGGCCUCUGUUGAUGCCCACUGAAAUUUUUUGGAACUGUAGAAACAAUAACAUAUGGUUCUAUAUUGCGAUACGAAAUUAAUGCAAGAGCUUGAGACCAGAAUGACCUCGUUGGGAGAGACGUUGCUUACACGAAACUUUGGGAGUUUGGAGGCGACUUUUUUUUUUGUUUUAUCUGCGCAUGGCACGGCUUUUUGUGAAUUUGGAGCGCUGGCAUUAGGCUCAGAAUGUUCUCUACCUAAGUCAAGUACGAUUACUUUGUACGUAGUAAUUAUACAGCGAGUGCAC